AUGGCUGUGGAUACUAUGGUCGCGAUCAAUGCAUCUCCUGGCUGUACUCGAAUGGAGAACGAAGUUUUUGAAACAGCUGGCAACCUCCCGCCCCAGAAAAUCCUGGUCUCUAGUUUCCUUGGAAAAGACGUCGAGACAGCCAAUCUCUUCAAGAUUGAAUUGGCGCUGGUGUUCUCCAUUCCUAAUAGUUAUAGGGCUGGCUUAUGUUGGUAUAAGCGUAUCAAAUACCACUCUCAGCUUAAGGGAGGCUAUGCUUCGCUUAUUAGGGAUUAUCGGGUGGGACUUUGCAAUAUUGAAACGCAUAUAUUCUCCAGUUGCCCUCACGAUACCCAGCUUAUACCAGGCUAUGAGCUCCCGCAGCCAGGCUUCUGGCCACCUGGACUACGGCCAACACAUUCAUCUAUGCAGAGUAUGCAGGUGAGCACCCAUGGCGGGCUUAACAUGUGA